AUGACCAGAAAAACACAGGCGCCAUCAUGGCUGCCUACGGUUGCGCUGUUCGCCUUCUGGUCUUCCCUUGCGACAGCAUUGAGUGGACAGGAGCCAAUGAAGAGCAUGGAAGAAGCGCGAGGGUAUAAUCCCGGAGAACCAAUUCCAGUGAGCUGUCUGAACAGGACCAUAGAAACUGGUGAACACGUACGUAUCUAUCCUUUACCUCGCCAGCUGCAACCUAUAAUAGUAGAUGCCGCCGGUCACCUUCAAUACAUACCAUUCCCCGUCUGCGCCGAAACCAAAGCCCCCCUGCAACUCUUCUUCGGCCACGAAGGCGAGAUAAACUGUACAAUCCCCUUCAUAACGGACGAAUUCUUCCACCUUCUCGAAUUCUACAUCCACAACGACGCGCCCCUUUCCUGCCGCAUUCCGUCCAAACCACUACCUCCCUCAGUCUUCGAAAAAACGUACCGCGUCUCAGACGAGUCGACGCAGGAAGGUGUGCUAGGUUCCCAAAGCACAAUGUACACGCCGCUUGUGAUUGCGCUGGCGGGAACACUGCAACUGAGCCACUUGCACGUGGGGAAUUACUUGAACCUGCUGGUGCAUGCGAGUCCGAAGAGUGUGAGCAAGGGGACUGUGGAUGCAGCGACGGCGUAUAGUGUUAGUUCGCAUACGCGGAAUACAAAGAUUACGAUUGGGGAUGAGUUGAAUUUGCAGUUUAGCGUGCGGUGGUAUCCUAGUACUACGCUGCCGCCGGGGUGGUCAGGGUAUGGAGGACAUAUUUAUACAUCAACGCUGGUCUAUUGCUUCCUCAGUGCCGUGGCGAGUGCGGCGGUUUGCGUGGUUUAUUUUAGGGGCGUGGAGUUGCCGCGAAGGCUAAAGAGGUAUGCGACGGAGAGGAUGAAUGGGGGUGGCAGGGGCUUUGGGAAUGGCGGGAGUGGAUAUGGACUGCCGGUUUCUAAUGGGAGGGUUGCGAGUAUGGGGAGUGGGUAUGGUUUGGGCGGAUAUGGCUAUGGAGGCGGUGGGAAGAGGGUUGAUUGAGGGAUUUGAUGUUUGGGUGCAGUGUAUAUCAAGUCGAGAAGCAUUUACUGCGAGAUUUGCGCAGAUGCAGAUAUAGUGCAGAAUGUAUGUACACCCCGGUUGACUCUC